GCUAAGAUCUAGCACAGAACAAUAAUCAUUAUUAGCCUUAAGAAGCUCAUGAAAAUUCCUUCUGAUUUCUUUCACAAAGCAGAGCUAGAAUCAAAAGAAUUGUUGUCCUUGCUGCUUUCCAUUGAAACUCUUCUCAAUCAUCACCAUUCAUAUUUGCUAGUCUCCUCUCAUUUCAAGGUUUGAUUAAUCCCUGAGUGUAAAAUAUUUGAGAAAAAUAAUAAAAUUUUUGUUAUGAGCCUAAUCAUCAUUAACAUAUUUUCAACACAUUUACCAGAAAUCAAUUAGAAUUUUCAAAUAACAUAUUCACUCGCCAAGCCUAGCUCUGUCUAGUGGCUUAAGGCAUAUUCACUCCUCUUAUAAUGGUCAAAUGUUUUCCUGAAAAAUAUUUUUCAUGAAAUAAAGGGAGUCUUAAAAACCCUUUUUGAGCCCAAGAAACUUCCUUUGGUUCAUGGGUUUUUGAUAAAGCCUACUAUUUUCCUUCAGUUAAGAUCACAUGCUGGGUUCUCAACCUAGAAAGUUGCAUGAACUAGCAAAAUUCUCCGUUAGAAUUCCAAAACAUUGGUCUUAACUCCAGUUUGGCAUCCAAAGUAACAAUUCUAUCUAUAUGUCUGGCAGUUUCCAGACAUAUUUGUUUCCAACUUGCAGAGUUUCUGCCAUGAAUGUGUUCUGAAAAAUUGAACUAAAAAAAUUACAUUAAAAACAUUUUCUUUUAGUUAUUACAGUGCAGCUAAGCCUUGUGCUUUCCCAGGCAAACGCGUCCUUUUCUCCAGUCAAGGACGGACUCAACUGAAAGAGACAUCUAAUACAGAGCAGUCCAGACUCUAGCUGAUCAAACAAUAGAGCAGGUUUUCAUCAGGUAUUAAAGUACUGAUUUUUUAUCUUUGGAUUGCAAAAUUCACCAUUUUGUGGGCUUUUUCUUGACUGUAUUAUUCUGAUUAUCUGUGGAGUGAGACUCAGUUCACUCUUUUCUUUGUAUUGGAGGAGUGAUUACAAGGGAAACCAGGUAUUUCUUUUGUUUAAUUUCAUACCUUCUGCUUUCUUGUUUCUUCUUGUAUUCUUGUGUGGCUUUUGAUUUGUAUACUAUUUUCUAUCAUUUAAAUUUCUCUUUUUUUUUUGCUUGUUUUGGAUCCAAUGUCCCCCCACCUCCCAAGAUCUGUGGGAUCUCCUUCCCUUGAGAAUGUUCCUGUUAUAGUUUUGAUACUGUGAUGAAUUUGCUUUCUUUACAGUAUUACAUUUCAUUGUGCAGUACUUUCAACCCUUUCAUUAUACAAUUGAUGACUUUAGAUAUAUCAACUCUCUGUGUGAGGGAGUGUAUAGAAGUUGGAAAUACUAUAUAAAUCACCAUAUUCAAAAACUGGAAAUCCUAAAUGAAUUCAAAUUGAUUUUAGUGGAUGGGAAACAAUUUAAGGUAGAUGAUCAUAACCAUCAUGUUGAUGAACUUAAUACCAGAUCAUGCAACCAUUAUUGACAUAAGUUGGAUAGAAGACCGUUCUAAUUGGUUGACAGAUAUGGCUAAUGGUGAAAUAGUUCAGUUUUGCUAUUACACACAAAAUUUUGGGGAUAAAGUUUCCAGGGAAACAAAGGGAAAACCAAAAAUCAUCAGAAUCUUCACUUUUCUUGUUUUGGAAGAAUAAAGUUGUAAUUUGGAAGUCAUAUGACGUAUUUUGCAUAUGCAGUUCUUAAAGCCUUAGCAUUCUUUACUGCGUUUUAAUGCUAACAAAGAAUAUUCGAACAUGAAGCUAAACUUCAGCUUACCUUUAAUUUUAGGAGCAUCAACAAUGACAACCCCAAAUCUGAGCUUGAAGCUAUUGGUUGAUAAGAAAGUAACUAGAGUCGUUUUUGCUGAGGGAGGAAAAAGUUUUGUGGACUUUCUAUUCAACCUUCUCUCUUUGCCUAUUGGUACUGUUAUCAAGGCUCUCAAAAAUGGAAGCAUGGUAGGCUGCAUAGGAAAUCUCUAUGGGAGCCUUGAAAACCUGAAUGAAGCAUAUAUGCAGCCAAAUGAAAAUAAGGGUUCGCUUUUAAAUCCCAGAAUUCCAGCUCCUGCCACUGAAGCUCCUCUCUUGCUGCCUGACUCUAAUCCACAACCAAUCAAGACAAAGUUACUAUAUCGUUGUCCAAACCACCACCCAUGUGUGACAGAUAGUAAAGAUUACAGAUGCCCCUGGUGCUCAAAUAAUAUGUCUGAGCAAGUGGCAUUCAUUGGAAUGAAUGAUUCAGCAGCUAAUUCAACCAGCCAGGGAGGUUAUGUAAAGGACUUGGUUACAUACAUGGUGACAGAUGAUUUAUCAGUGUCAAUAAUGUCAAUGAUAUCUGGUGUUGCUCCAUUAAAUAAGUUCAAUGUUAAGGAUUUAAUGUGCUUGAGGAAAAGGUGGUGGAGUUUAGGAUUGACCAGGGUGUGGAGUUGUUGAAGGCUUCUCUGAAGUCAAAGGCAGCUCUUACCAAUGUUUUCCUUUUGAAGAAGGAAGUGAAGGAUGGUGCAGCAUUGGACUGAAGUAUCUUUUAUGUUUUAUCUAAAGAUUAUAUUGGUCAGGCAAGUUUUGCUAGGAACACCAACUUGCAGAUGAUAGAAGCUUUAAUUUCUUCUUCUAUUGAACUUUUGGAGCUGAUUAAUCUUUUCUCAAAUAUGUUCUAUGUAGAUGUUCCUCUAUAUCUUCAAGUAUUCUGUUUUCUUGACUUCCCACCAUGCAUGCCUCCUCACUAGUCUUAAACUCUUGUUUAUAGUAAUGGAUUUAUUUAAAAAGUUGUAUACUUUCUUUCUUAUAAUUAUACCUCAGCAGAUAAUCAAUUCAUUAAGACGUCAACCAUUUCCAAGUACUAAC